GGUCUGGAGGGAGGUGGCAGCAGCAGGGGCAGUGCCAAGGUGAGGCCGUGCCAGUGGCAUAGGUGCGAGCAAGCCCUUGUGAUGGGGGAGUGCCCAGCAAUGCCAGCCAGGAUGUGGGCAGCAGAGGGAAGGGGCAGAGGGGUGCUGAGCACAGGGCAUGGUGGGGGCUGUGUUGGCACAUGCUGCUGGGCAGGGGUGCCAAUGGAGUGGGUUUGGAGGGAGAAGGUGCCAGGUAGGUGGGAGGAGAACGGAGGAGGUGAACAAGUGGGUGAAGGAGGUGGGCAUGGGGGCUGGGUGAAGGUGCCAGGCAGGUGGGAGGGUGAAGGUGGAGGUGAACAAGUGGGUGAAGCAGGUGGGCAUGGGGGCUGGGUGAAGGUGCCAGGCAGGUGGGAGGGUGAAGGUGGAAGGUGUGCAGAAGGGAUGAGGAUGCUGGGCACACGGGAUGGGGGGUGCUGGGAGGUGCCCAGGUGGGGUGAAGGAGCUGGGCACACGAGGUGGGCACGCAGCGGGGCUUAAGGUGGAGGGAUACAGGAGGGUGGAGAUGCUGUGGCAGGAUGAAAGUGCCCAGCAGGCAGGGGUGGGGGGGUGAAGGAGCUGGGCACAGGGGAGGGUGAAGGUGCCCAGUGCACAGAGGGGGUGCCCAGUGGGGGUCCUGCCGGGGGGAAUCUGGGGGUGCCUGGUGGCAAAAGAGCACCAGGCUGGGCUGUGCCCUUGGGUCAGGGAGAUGGCAGGGGCAGGGCCUGGCUGGCGGUGCCCUGCUCCAGGACACAGAGCAUUGGCACAGAGAGGGGGCCAAGGGUGCCCACUGGGGCAGGAUGGCACCUGGCAGAGCGGGCGGUGGCUCGGGCGGGCGUGAUGGCUGCGGGCACCGCUUGGGUGCCUCUUGGCUCACCCCGAUCUGGGGCACGAGCCCUGGGGUGCUCUGGGGUGUGGGCCAUGGGCUGGGGCUGGACACUCCAGCUCCAGGCCCCUCUUGCCACCCCUCGGUGCCCACCAUGGCUGGGGGGCAGCGGGUUGGCAGCUGGGGAGGGCGAGAGGCCCCGAGCCCCCCAGGGUCCAGUGGGACGGAGCCAUGUGGGCACAUGCCCAGCAAGAGCUCAAGGAGAAGGUAUGGCACCCUGGCACCUCAGGAAGCAUCCCAGGAGGUCCUGCUGUGCCAGCACAGGGCAGGAACCAACCCAAGAAUGUCCUGGUGUGCCAGCACAGGGCAGGAAGCAUCCCAGGACGUCCUGGUGUGCCAGCACAGGGCAGGAAGCAUCCCAGGAGGUCCUGCUGUGCCAGCACAGGGCAGGAAGCAUCCCAGGAGGUCCUGCUGUGCCAGCACAGGGCAGGAUGCAACCCAGGAGGUCCUGCUGUGCCAGCACAGGGCAGAAACCAUCCCAGGAGGUCCUGCUGUGCCAGCACAGGGCAGAAACCAUCCCAGGAGGUUCUGGUGUGCCAGCACAGGGCAGGAAGCAACCCAGGAGGUCCUGCUGUGCCAGCACAGGGCAGGAAGCAACCCAGGAGGUCCUGCUGUGCCAGCACAGGGCAGGAUGCAACCCAAGGAGGUCCUGCUGUGCCAGCACAGGGCAGGAUGCAACCCAAGGAGGUCCUGCUGUGCCAGCACAGGACAAGAUCCAUGCCAAGGAAGUCCUGGUGUGCCAGCAUGGGGCAGGAACCAACCCAAGGAGGUCCUGGUGUGCCAGCACAGGACAAGAUCCAUGCCAAAGAGGUCCUGGUGUGCCAGCACAGGACAAGAUCCAUGCCAAGGAGGUCCUGGUGUGCCAGCACAGGGCAGGAACCAACCCAAGGAGGUCCUGGUGUGCCAGCACAGGGCAGGAGCCACCCCAGGGAGGUGCUGGAGCUUGGGAGGGUCCUGCCUCCCCGGCCCCAGGCUGGACCCUCUCCCUGGCUGAAGGUUGUCACGGUUGGGAGAUGUGAGGGUCAGGAGGAGCCUCCUUCUCCUCCCCUCUAGCACCAGAAGAGUUAAUGCCUUCAGGGGGGACUUGGCUUUUGGGGACACUGGGCACCAAGCCACCUCCUCCUGAGCUGGGCCAGGCAGGGCCAGCCCACAAGCAGGGGCAGCAGGCUGGGGGCAGGGCGAUGCCCCCUCCCCCAGCACCAAGGCUGGCUGGGGCCGCUCCA